AUGACCUUUGCCUUGACAGCGAGCAGAAGGUUAUCACAAGCACUACUCACUCAAGUCACACAUCACUCAGUCAAGAAUAUAAACAUGUCGGCAGAGUACACCACUAGGCAGAUUGGCGCCGCCAACACCCUCGAGUAUCGAGUGUACACCGAGAAGGAUGGCAAGGUCGUCUCGCCUUUCCACGACAUCCCCCUGUUUGCGGAUGAGUCCAAGACGAUCCUCAAUAUGAUUGUCGAGGUCCCGAGGUGGACCAAUGCAAAGUUGGAGAUUUGCAAGGAGGAGCCGUUCAACCCGAUCAAGCAGGACAUCAAGAAGGGCAAGCUCCGUUUCGUCCGAAACUGCUUCCCGCACCACGGCUACAUCUGGAACUACGGCGCCUUCCCCCAGACGUGGGAAGACCCCUCCGCAACCCACCCCGAGACCGGCGCCAAGGGCGACAAUGACCCGCUCGACGUGUGCGAAAUCGGCGAGGCCGUGGGUACCGUCGGGCAGGUCAAGCAGGUUAAAGUGUUGGGCAUCAUGGCGUUGCUGGAUGAAGGGGAGACGGACUGGAAGGUGUUGGUGGUGGAUGUGAAUGACCCGCUUGCGCCUAGACUCAAUGAUAUUGAGGAUGUGGAGAGGCAUUUGCCGGGUCUGAUUCGGGCGACGAAUGAGUGGUUUAGGAUUUACAAGAUUCCUGAUGGCAAGCCGGAGAACGUCUUUGCCUUCUCGGGCGAAGCCAAGUCCAAAAAGUACGCCGUCGAGAUUGUGCACGAGUGCCACGAGGCCUGGCGCAAGCUCAUCACGGGUGAGGCGCCCAACAAGACGGAUUCGUACUCGUUGGCCAUCCACAACACCACCGUCAAGGGCUCCAAGGGUCUCGUGUCCACCUCGGACCAGGCGUACACCUCGCUCCCGAGCGACUCGGCCAAGCCUGCUGCCCCGAUCGACCCGUCUGUGUCCAAGAGCUUCUUCAUUUCGUCCGCUUCGGCCUAG